CAACAUUUGAUUGUUGCUUUUGAUUUCACCAUUUUGAUUUCAUGGUGAUUUUAACCGUACAGCCAGCGGAACGUUUAAUAGGAACCAUGUACACGCGAGCCUGUUUCCGCCCGGAGGUGUGAGUGUGAGCCCAUAAGAAGCAAGGACCGCCACACGCCAUUGUAUGAAUUUGUUGCAUUCAAGUCCUUUUCGUUUAAUUUUAUUAAUAAUUUAUGCACCGUUAGAUUUAACAGUCCACUGUUAAAUCAUCGACUCCCGAUUUUAAGGAAAAACGUUUUAAUCACAAGUAAGGACAUGGCAACAGAUUCGUGGGCCCAGGCUGUUGAUGAACAAGAAGCCGCUGCGGAAUCGAUAAGCAGCUUACAAAUAAAUGAAAAAGAGGACAAGCCGAAAGCUGAAGCAAAUGGAGCAAAGACAGAAGGAACCGACAAUAAACCUGAGGAAGAUGAUAAAGACGACAAGGCAGCGCAGUCACUGUUGAAUAAACUGAUCCGCAGUAAUCUAGUGAACACCACCAAUCAAGUGGAAGUCCUCCAGAGGGAUCCGAACUCUCCGCUGUACUCGGUCAAGUCGUUCGAAGAGCUGCGAUUAAAACCUCAGCUGUUGCAAGGAGUGUACGCCAUGGGUUUCAACAGGCCCUCCAAAAUCCAGGAGACCGCCUUACCCAUGAUGCUCGCAGAACCUCCACAGAAUCUCAUCGCUCAGUCUCAGUCAGGCACGGGGAAAACGGCGGCCUUUGUCCUGGCCAUGUUAAGUCACGUGGACCCUGAAAACAAAUGGCCUCAGUGUCUGUGUGUGUCUCCCACGUAUGAGCUGGCUCUGCAGACCGGCAAGGUCAUCGAGCAGAUGGGGAAGUUUUACCCGGAAGUCCAACUAGUGUAUGCCAUCAGAGGAAACAAAUUGGAGCGGGGAACAAGACUACAGGAACAGGUCGUGAUUGGCACUCCGGGGACUGUUUUGGACUGGUGCCAAAAGCUUAAAUUCAUCGACCCCAAGAAGAUCAAGGUGUUUGUGCUGGACGAGGCUGAUGUCAUGAUCGCUACACAGGGCCAUCAAGACCAGAGCAUUCGCAUCCAGAGGAUGCUUCCUAAAACUUGCCAGAUGCUCCUGUUCUCGGCCACAUUUGAAGAAACCGUGUGGAACUUUGCGAAGAGGAUCGUUCCUGACCCCAACAUUAUUAAACUGAAGCGUGAGGAGGAGACUCUGGACACCAUCAAGCAAUAUUACGUCAUCUGCAACAGCAAGGAGGAGAAGUUCCAGGCUUUGUGCAACAUCUAUGGAGCCAUUACUAUCGCACAGGCCAUGAUCUUCUGCCACACCAGGAAAACGGCCGGCUGGCUGGCAGGAGAGCUGUCCAGAGAAGGCCACCAGGUGGCGCUGCUCAGCGGAGAGAUGCAGGUGGAGCAGAGGGCAGCGGUCAUCGAGCGGUUCCGUGACGGCAAGGAGAAAGUCCUUGUUACCACUAAUGUCUGUGCUAGAGGUAUUGAUGUGGAGCAAGUUUCAGUGGUCAUCAACUUCGAUCUGCCUGUGGAUAAGGAUGGCAACCCUGACAACGAGACGUAUUUGCACAGAAUCGGGCGCACGGGGAGGUUCGGCAAGAGAGGGUUGGCGAUCAACAUGGUGGACAGCAGAUUUAGCAUGAACAUCCUCAACCGCAUCCAGGAGCACUUCAAUAAGAAAAUCGAGAAGCUGGACACGGAUGAUUUGGACGAAAUCGAGAAGAUCGCUAACUGAGCGUCCGUCUCUGUUCUUCUGAUAGGACUGUGCUCAGAGAGGCUGGAAGCGCUGUGCCAGAGAGGAUGUUUACAUGUGCAGCAGUUUUAUCUCAGAUGGUGUUUUUAAUCUUGUUUCACUCUUUGUACUUCUUAAUAAAUUUUGAAUGUGUAUUCUUAACAAACGUGUAGGAGGAUGAGCGGCCCGGGGGACCGACACAAGGAUCAUGCCUUUCAAUAUUAACCAUUGCGUCAUGCACCUUUUAAACAGCCUGCCUUCACAACAAGUGUGGAAGAAAUUACACUGACUGUUAUAUUGGUUUUUAAUAUGGGAUUCCAAACCAUGGACUUUUAUUUUGUAUUAAAGUAUACAUUGUUGUAUGUCUUGGAAAAAAAUUUUUGGUCAAGUAUAUUUGUGUUGUAUGCUACAUUUGAUUUUGUGACAGUCACAAUGCAGGGUUUGUUCAAUCAUGAGAGAUUGCUGUAAUCGUGUUCGUCAAUACUCAAUCAAUACCUCACGACGUAAAACUUUUCCACUGAAAGUAUGCUGGCUGUUAUUGGCUUUGAAUUAAAAGGAAAAAGAUGCCAAAGUCAUUUUGUUAGUCUAAAAUCAUAAAAAAGCCAAAGAUUUGUGCCUCCAUUGGGUUCGUCAGUACUCGAUUCAACUUUGAAUAAUGCAUGGUCUAUUCAUUGUGAUGAUCUUGUCAUGUAUAUUUAAUAAGUACAAAGAGUGAAAUAGUUGGCAUGUUCAACAGAUGCAGUGUAAUGAGAGCAGUUAUGUGUGAUCCCCAUCUGCAUUGAACUGUAAGCGAUCAGGUUUGUAACCGCAGAAGGCUGUGCCACAUUCCCAUUUACAGCCGCCUUAAACAUGUCAAAGGCAUCUACAAUCUCACUGCAUACUUCAGGGUAGACAUAGGAAAUGAUUUUAUAUUAUGGAAUGUUUUAAUUGAACCAACCGACACUGUACUCGGCUACAUUAUACACGUAUAUGCGUUGGGGUAAAGUGUGUCAGUCGCAUCUUUGAAGGGAAGACUAUUUGAUGAUGAGAUACUACAUCGAUCAAUCUAAUGCCUUGUUCAUCUGUCUCAGUUUGGUUCAAGCUGUCAAUCAUAUUUGACAUAUUAAAUAGAGGGUUUUAUUUUUGGGGCAUUUUUUUUCUUGUGAACAAGUCUGAUAAAUGAAAGGACUGUAGAAACCAACACAGAAACCUGGUGUUGCAUCAGAUAAUAAAUGGAGUCAUCUAUAUCAAACACA